AUGUUGUCACAGGAUGAACAAAGUAUUGCUACCGAUACAAGGGUACUCGAAAUAAGAGAAGAAGACCUCAUCAAAGAACAGUCAGAGGUAUUAGAUAAAGGAAAAGAGGUUCCAUAUGAACUCGAACAGACCGAAUAUUCCUCAUUAGAAGAUGAUCAGUGUAGCACUUCGAAGAGAAAUGGACUCUCGAUAUCUAUUAAAUGUUUGAAGGAUAGGAUUCCAUAUAUGAAACAAAUCAUUCAUAUGUUUUUUGGAUGUUUUUUUACAUCAUGGUGGUUAUCAAUCGUGAUUCAAGAAAAACAUAGACACCAAUGGUUGAUUCCAACGAUUCUAUGGAUGAUGAUCAUGGUAAGAUUAAUUACCUGGAACUGCAACAUAGUUCACUUCUUGUUUAGUUACUGCCAAAGGAUCUGGUACUUUGCAACUGAUUUUAUAUAUGAAAAAGUGUUGAUGACUAGAACUAUGAGGCUUAUGACUGGUGCCACGGGAACCGUCGCUAUUAUUUUAAUCGGCACUUUUGUUCCUUCUGAAACUUCGUAUUCCAAAAGAGAAGACAGAGCAGUUUCUUUUUUUGGGUGUGUUGUUGCACUAUUUGGAUUGUAUGUCACCUCCAAUAACAGAACGAAAAUACAGUGGAACACAGUCAUUGGUGGGAUGUUGAUGCAAUUUAUUAUUGCUUUAUUUGUCUUGAGAACUAAGUGUGGAUAUGAUGUCUUUAAUUUUAUUUCAACUUUAGCAAGAGAAUUAUUAGGAUUUGCCAAAGAUGGUGUGUCAUUCUUGACCAACGCAGAAGUCUCUCAGCUAGGAAUGUUUUUCUUUACAGUGCUUCCCGCUGUUGCUUUCUUUGUUGCGUUCAUACAUAUAUUGUAUUACUUUGGUGCGAUCCAAUGGUUCAUUGGAAAAUUUGCCUAUUUUUUCUUUUGGUCCUUAAGAGUCUCUGGUGCUGAGGCAAUCACAGCAGCCGCUUCUCCGUUUAUAGGCAUGGGUGAAUCAGCAAUCCUAAUUAAAGACUUCAUGCCAUUUCUCACCAAAGCUGAGCUUCAUCAGAUUAUGUGUUCUGGAUUCUCAACCAUUUCGGGAUCAGUACUUGUUGGAUAUAUAGGAUUGGGAUUAAAUCCACAAGCAUUGGUGUCUUCUUGUGUUAUGUCAAUCCCUGCAUCAUUGGCGGUGUCUAAGCUAAGAUUUCCAGAAACUGAAAUUCCAUUGACAAAUGGUAAAGUUGAAAUUCCUCAAUCACUUGAAGCGGAAGAAGACAAACCCACUAAUGUGUUGCAUGCCUUUUCAAACGGUGCGACCUUGGGAUUACAGAUUGCCCUUACCAUGUUGAUUCAAUGUAUGUGUAUCAUUGGGCUUGUCGCAUUGGUUAAUGCUCUUCUAGGAUGGUUUGGGAACUUCUGGAAUAUAAAAGAAUUGUCUUUAGAAUUGAUGGGAUCUUAUCUCUUAUACCCAGUUGGGUUCUUAUUGGGGACCCCUAGGAAUGAAAUACUUCUUGUUUCAAAACUUAUCGCCACAAAGUUCAUACAGAAUGAGUUUGUAGCUUACAAUCUCCUCACUACCCAAUCUCCAUACAAUGAAAUGUCAAAGCGAGGUAUUUUGAUCGCAACUUACGCUCUUUGCGGUUUCUCCAACUUAGGAUCUUUGGGUAUCGCUAUCGGAGUCUUGAAUACACUUUCAAAACACAGAAGAUCGAAAGAUAUUGCUUCCUCUAUCAUUUCUGCUUUAUUAACCGGUGGAAUAUCUACACUCAUUUCAGCAGCAAUAGCUGGAAUGGUGAUACACGAUAUAGAUUCUUUUAAUCUCUAA